AUGUACAACGCGCAUCGCGGCAUAGCCGGAGCACCGGCUCCGCCAAACAACCGUCUUGUCGAGCUGCUCGAACAGGUACGCGCCGAGUUCGAGGCUCAAGGUGGACGUGCAAACGAGUAUGAGCAUCAGCGUGAGUCGUCCCCGUUUGUCCCGACAAACACCUGCCCUUGGGGUAGUUAUCUUCCCACACAUGCGCCGUGUGCUAUCCAGGAGAUGGAGCUUGUCCGCAGCAAGAUCUUCCAGCUUGAGCAGACACACAUGCAGAUGAAGCAANAAUCUCAACGCAGGUACGAAGAAGACAUCUCUCGCUUGCGACGCGACCUUGAGGCUCGUGGAGGCCCAAGCCAGUCUUCGCACACCGGCCCUUCGCAGCCCCCUCCGCCCUCAAUCGGCCACGGUCCCGCCAAUCUCUUCCAGGGUAUCAUGGCCGGCGCUACUGCUCAGGGCGGCCCGGGUCUUGCUCCUCCUCCUCAAGAUGGCCCACCCCAGGGGGUUCCUGCCCACAUCCAAGGCCCACCUGGACUGAACCCUCCUCCGGGUCCUCCUCAGCACGCUCCUUUCGGUGGUUACGGCCAGCCACCAGCUGGUGUCAAUGGAUAUGGCCCUGCACCACCUCAGCCUACCGCUUCUCCCGGCCCUGGCAAGCCCCGCACUAACNGCUCGCGGCCCCCUGGUAUUCCUGGAACCCCUCAGCAGAACAACGCAAACCCCUACCCUGGCUCUCCUGCCAUGGCACGUCCCACCCCUCCUCCCGCUCUUGCCCAACAACAGCAGGCCCUUUCUCUGCCUCAGCACCAGCAAUACACUCAAGAGCUUGGUGGUAGCGGUAAUCAGUUGGUCGACUUGGCGGUUGAAACACUUCCCAGCAACCUCAAGCGUGAGGGUGAAGACUGGUACGCUGUUUUCAACCCCCGCGUGCGUCGCACCCUGGACGUCGAGCUUGUUCACAACCUGGCCCACCAGAGUGUAGUCUGCUGUGUUCGUUUCAGCCGCGACGGAAGAUUUGUUGCUACUGGAUGCAACCGAUCUGCUCAGAUCUUCGAUGUCGAGAGCGGUCAGCAGGUCAAGCAUCUGCAGGACACCAGCCUCCCUCAGGAUGGUGACCUCUACAUCAGAAGUGUCUGCUUCAGCCCCGACGGUCAAUACCUGGCCACCGGUGCCGAAGACAAGAUCAUUCGCGUUCGUACAAUCUUCCAUAUUGAUGAUGUUCGUCUGCUAACUCAAAACUUUAGANUCUGGGAAAUUGCUGCUGGUCAGAUCCGUCAUCAAUUUGCUGGUCACGAGCAAGACAUUUAUUCUCUUGACUAUUCUUCUGAUGGUCGUUACAUUGCCUCUGGAUCUGGUGAUCGCACCGUCCGUGUCUGGGACAUUCCUAACAACCAGUGUGUUCUGUGCCUGACCAUCGAAGAUGGCGUCACCACUGUCGCUAUCUCGCCCGACAACCGUUUCUUGGCCGCUGGCAGUCUGGACAAGAGUGUUAGAGUAUGGGAGCUGGCGAGCGGAAACCUUCUUGAGAGGCUCGAGGAGGCUGGUGGCAAUCCUGGUCACAAGGACAGUGUCUACUCUGUCGCAUUCUCCCCCACCAGCAGAGAACUUGUUUCUGGUAGUCUGGAUCGAACCAUCAGAAUGUGGGAGCUACAAAGCCACUACCCCGGCAACCAAAAUAUGCCCCCAAGAAACCCUCGCGGAGGCAAGUGUAUUCGCACUUUUGAGGGCCACAAGGACUUCGUUCUCAGCGUUGCGCUCUCGCCUGAUGGUGAAUGGGUUCUGUCUGGUUCAAAAGACAGAGGUGUUCAGUUCUGGAACCCUCAGACUGGCGAUGCCCAACUCAUGCUCCAAGGACAUAAGAACUCUGUUAUCUCAGUCGCGCCCAGUCCUGUGCAAGGCGGUCUAUUCGCUACUGGAAGCGGAGACAUGCGUGCUAGGAUUUGGAGAUUCUCGAGAUACGACCCUGCCCGUGGCUGA